GAGAAGGUGAUGGGAAAAAAGAAAAAGGAAAAAAUAAUUGUACUGAAAAGCAACUCAAACGGCUAGCUCUAUAUUCCCGUUGUCCAAAAACCUUUCUCGAAAAACACGCUAACAACACUUAUCAUUAAUAAUAAACAAUUUUAUCAAAUCACUAAAUCAUAAAAAAAACCCGACUAAUCCUCAUUAUUCAUUAACGACCAUUCAACGCCUUUUCCAUCCCAACUUCUUUUUCCUUCUUUCCUUCAAAUUUCCCACCAGAAAAUUCCUCAAUUAUUUCCAAUUUCCAGAUCCCACAUUUCAAUUUAAUAAACUUUUCAUUGUAAAUAUCUCAUUUCCAAAUAAAUUUUCAUUAUAAAUAUUCCAUUUUCCCUGUUUUUUCCAAUGAAAAAACCAGACAGACUAAAAAACAUGUUAGGAAUUCUCAAAGAUAAAGUCUUAAUCCUUAAAGCUUCCUUAGUAAUAUCCUCUAAACCUACCAAAUUCUUCAACGUGGCGGUUCUACGCGCCACCACGUAUCACAACCCUUCCGACCCACCGCCUAUCGACGCCGUCUUAGCCCUUGCUCAUAACCACCGUCCUUCCACCGGAGUCAUCAUCCACGCGCUACUUCGUCGUCUUCAUGGGACCCACAAUGUUUACGUGGCUCUCAAAUGUCUACUCACCCUCCACCACCUCCUCAGCAACAGUAAACCUGCACUGAAAGACCAAAUUAUGUCGCACUCUAAUGGGCCCAUCUUUAAUAUGUCGAAUUUCAGGGACGAGUCUGAUCGUGACACGUGGGAGUUAUCUGAUUGGGUACGGUGGUACGCCGAUGUAUUGGAUUAUAGUUUUUCGCGAAAAAGAGGAGAGAGAUUGAAUUGGUUAGUGGGUAUGGUGGAGAUUAUUUGUAAAUCCCCUGAUUCACUGUAUUAUCAAAAAUUAGGGUUGAUUUAUGAAGUGAUGAAGUUAGUUGGAGAAGAUUAUAGGAUGAUUAUGCGAGAGAUUAAUAACAAUAUUAAUCAAUUUGGGAAUAAUAAGAGAAUUAUUGAGGAUUUAAAUGAUGAUUUGUUAAAAGAUUUAUUGGGUGAUUUAAAAAGAUUAAAGAAUUCUCGAGAGAAAUUGUUCUUGAUGUUCUUGAAUAAAAAAAAUGAUGGGAUUUGGGGAUUGAUUGAUCAAGUUGAGAAAGAUGUUGAGUAUGUAAAAGAAAAGAGAAAGAAUAUGAGAUUGGUAAUGUUCCAGGGGACUGAGUCGACUCGGGUGGUGGACAAUCGUGUUAGUGAGUCAACGCAGUUGGCGGUUGUGCCGGUCUUGCCACGAGGUAGAAAAUGGUUGGACGUUGAAUGGAAUCGAUUGGUGGUUGUAUAAAAUUUUGGGAUUGGAUAUUCUAAAAAAAAGAAAAAAUGAGUGACUUUUUUGGUUCGUUUGUGAUUUCUUGUAUAUAAACCAUGAAUCAUUCUUUGUUUGCUUGUUAGAACAAGAAUAAGAGUGUAAAAAUUUUGUUUUUGGUUACUUUGCUUGAUGGAAUUUACAAAUUGACAAUGUCAAAUGUCCUUUUUAUGUAUAGAUAAUAAUACCCCUUGUUGCAUAUAAUAUGUGAAACUUCGAAAA